CGUACACUGGUAUGUAGGUCACAAAACAAGUGUAGUGGUCUUCUAUUUCAUCCAAAUUUUACCACUUCUGUGCCAGAUCGUAACCACAUUAUAGCAUAGAAAGAUCAAAAUGGAGAUGGAAAGCCAACCUCAUGAAAGCAUUGUGUCCGAAUCAUCUGAGCAUUGAUAAAACGGUGUUGAGAGUAAAACAGUCAUGUUCAAGUUGCUUUACUCCGGUACUAAACCUUUGAGGGGAGCUCUGAGCAAGGAUCAGACUCAGGACUCUGACAACAAACCGUCAUUUGAUGAGACGGUGAGCGAUUCGGAGCAUACUCCGCCCAGAUACAGAGCUAACAAUCGCCACCACGAAGAUGAUGAUGAUUUCCCCGACCCUGAGGAUUUCAAUAGUGAUAUCGUAGCAUCCUCUCCUGUCAAGAGAGAAGCUCCUGACGAUUUCGACGGUGAAGAGGAAGAAGCACCCACAGGGGAAGAAGCACCUGGAGAGGAAGAAUCCUGGCAUCCGAUUUCGGACAAAGCGGCCAAAGAGGAAGCCAAGAAGGCCAAAAAGGCAGAGAAAGAUGAAAAAGCGAGGUUAGCUAAGCUAGAAAAGGAAGAAAAGGCCAGGAUAGCUAAAGUAGAGAAAGAAGAAAAGGCCAGAAUUGCCAAGGAAGAAAAAGAAGAAAAAGCAAGGAAAGCUAAGGAGGAAAAAGAGGAAAAGGCUCGCCUUGCUCAAGAAGCAAAGGGGAAGACCAGUGAAGAGAAAAAAGAGCAGCGAGAACGAGAGAAGAUGGAACGACAGAGUAAACGAGAGAAGACUCCCAAGGAGAAGAAGGAGAAGCCUGCGCCGAGGCCGCAGGUCAGGAACCCACGACUGAUGCUGGCGAGGGUACUCAUGCUGGAUGGAGAGACUAUCGAGAUAGAGAUUGAGAAAUCCGCACGCGGCCAGGUCCUCCAUGACGUCAUUUGUGAAAAUCAGAACCUGGAGGAACGAGACUAUUUCGGUAUGACGUACGUCAGUGAAAAGAUUUGGUUCUGGUUGGACCCCGAGAAGAAAAUAGGUCAUCAGUUGAAAAAGUCCGACUGGGAUUUUGAGUUCCGAGUCAAGUUCUACGCUCCUGAGCCGACAGUGAUGAAAGUGGACAUCACAAGAUACUUCUUGUGUCAGCAGAUUAGAAAUGAUAUCAACAUCGGGAAAUUGCCCUGUUCGAUGCUGACUGGUGCCAUCCUUGGGUCAUAUACAGUUCAAUCAGAACUCGGUGACUAUGAACCAGAAACUGCAGAGGGUAUCGUCUACAUGAGCGACUAUCAGUUCGUCCCCAAUCAAACGCCAGAACUGCUCAUGAGGAUCGCCGACCUUCACCGAGUCCACAAAGGUCAGAUGCCUGCAGAGGCCGAUAUUCACUUCCUGGAGAAUGCCAUGAAGCUUGCGAUGUACGGUGUGGACCUGCACCAGGUCUGGGACUCGGAAAAUGUUGAGUUGAUGCUUGGUAUCUGCUGGGCAGGAGUCAACGUCUACAAGGACAAACUUCGAAUCAAUCGCUUCCCCUGGCCAAAGAUACUCAAAAUUUCGUACAAAAAGAAUCGCUUCUUCCUCAAGAUUCGCCCGGGCGAGUUUGAACAUUUCGAGAACACGAUCGGUUUCAAGUGUCGCAACCAUAUCAUGGCCAAGCGACUCUGGAAAGUUGCAGUGGAGCAGCACACGUUCUUUAGGAAGAAGGAACCGGAGGUCCGCUUCAAGCACCUGCUGCCAAAGUUUGGCUCCAAGUUCCGCUACUCUGGACGCACCAUUCAUCAGUCACGCAUCGCCAACGUCCAUGACGCUUGCCCGACCAUCGACCGAUCUUUCACUUUGAGGAAGUCCAGAAGUAUGAAUGUUGGAGGCUCUCUCACACGGCUUAACUUAACUGAAGGAUACGGCUCCUUGGACAGGGACCAGGGCUACAACACUCGUCUGAACCGGAGUGAUGCAGGCUAUGCACCAGGACACUUCCGUCAGGCAUCGGGCAGCUCCGAUCAGUUGCACCUGCCGCAUACUUUAGAAGAGCCUGCUGAGGGUAGUGUGACAUCGUCGAUACCAGACUAUUCGAGUGUGUGCAGUUCAUUACCCCCACGAGGUCCCUAUGUUGCGUUAUACAACCUUCCAGCAGGGUCUGCCCGGACCAGGAAAGAGUAUUAUGUGAUAUCGUCCACAGAACGUCUCUGCGAGUCACCCAUUGACAAGGACUUUCAAGCAGCGUCUAGGAGACCUGUCCGAGCUAAAAAAGGAGAGCCAAGGAAACAACAUCCAGAUGGACACCUACACCCACCGGGUUGGCCGGACCUGCUGAACAGUGAAACCCCUCACUCUUUAGAUGAGGUUAACGAGGAACAGGUUGAACGUGGUGAAGAAGUGGUUGUUGCUGCACCCGUGACACCGACGCUUGAGGUCAGGACCCAACCGGUCACCCAUACAUACGAAUAUAGGGACCAAGAUGAGCCAGUUGUACACUCUACAGCGAAGUACUGUACCGAGGCAGCAAAUGAGUACCGGCAUGAACCAGUUGCCCACUCUACACUAGAGCACAAAACCGAGACACAUGAGUACCGGCAUGAACCAGUUGCACACUCUACACUAGAGUACAGGACCGAAACACAUGUGUACGGGGAUGAACCAGUUGCCCACUCUACGCUAGAGUACCGGGCUCCUGUCGCACCUGUCUUGGAAUCAGAUAUGUUAUGAGCUGCCAAGUCUAAGAAAUGAAGAGCAACACGCUGACUUUGAGAGGGCAGUUUGAAGUCGUGGAUCAAGUGUUAUGUAAAACUGACAGGCUGACCAUCAAACAUUGUAUGAAAAGUAUCAUUUGGCAGACGAACGCUGUGCAUUGAUACACAUUCCAGGGGUCAUCUGUGUGUCAAACUUCGAGAUGAACUUUAUAUACUUACGGGUAUUGCACCAAAAAAGGAUGCACAGCAUAGAAGAUAAAAACCUUGGAUGCCUUCAUUCUCUCAAUGGUUGACGGGGGAAUUCUCUGCCUGAUCUCGUGAGGCUCAUGGCGUAGAACAUGUAGACACUUAUCCAUACGCCCUAAAAAUGGAUCACAUUGGAUUUGAAAGUCUUUUUUCCAAUUUGUCAGCUCAUAAACUGGUUACUAUGGUAACUUAUUGCCUUGUUUUCAUUUCGUGAUAGCAUUUGAAAGUUCUUGCAAUUGUGAAAUUGUCAUUAAAUGAAAAUAAUGACAUCAAGGGCUAUUUAUCCUGUAUAUUUUCAUUUGAACAUUUAGUAUAACAGUAUUUUAGCGCUUUUUGUAUCAGUGGAUUUUAUGGACGGAAGCUUAGAAUAUUUUAAUGGACCAAUAGAAUGCCUCACAGCUGUAUACCUGGGGCUUGUGCAAGUUCAUUCGUCCAAAAAUCUUAUUUUUGAUUUCAAAUUUGCAUGUUGUAAUAUUUUUUAUGAGUUCACAAAUAUUUCCGGAGACAAUUGGAUCAUAUCAAAACAAACUCUCAAUUGAAACUAUUUAUACCUUUAUAAGUCAACUUCUGUCCAAAUUGCAGAUUGAAAGCUGUAGUUAUUGUUGUCUUUAGUCCAUCUAAACCUCCCUCCUAUUGCUACAAAAGAAAUCCCUCCAGUUGUGAGCUUUACAUUAAAAACUUGUAACCAUUGUAACUGUUGUUGGACCAUAUCAUAUUUUGUAGUUUUGUGGACAUAAGUAUUCCUGCCAUGUGUUUGUAAUGUACAUUUUUUUCCAGACACCUUGUAUAAUAUAGAGUUAGUUGGGUCUGUUAAAGAAAUAUUCUUGCUACAAAAGUAAAAAACGUCCUAGUGUUCUGAUAUUGUUGCUUUAGACACUCAGAUACACACAUAUCAAGUUCAGUCAGCUUCAACUGCGUGAGGAAAAGAACCAGACAUUCAUAUUGAAAAUUGUAGGAGAGCUGUUUUUUCACUACCCAAAGUGAAUUCCAGAGCUGAAUGACAUAAUCUAUGCAGGAGGGCCUGCUAUACAGAUAAAAUAAAUGAUGAGGCCUGUUUUCGAAAUGAAGGAAUAUAGUAUAAAAUUUCCAACUCAACUGGACUGAUAUUGAAAUUGUUGUAAACAUUUUAGAGGUUCAAUAUUAUUCUGUGUGUAUAUAUUAUUUGGGACAUUAUGUAUUUUUGUAUAUGAAGCAUUUGUAUCGUCCUUAGGGCUAUUUAGUUAGAAUUUAUAUGCCUGUAGUCUGGAACUAUAUAGUAUGAGACAUAUAAUGUUGACUUUUGGGAGGUGGUUUGGACCAAUCGGCCACUUUAAAAAUACCCUAUAUUAAUAGUUUAUCCCAAUGAAAAUUUAUUUGAAAGUUUACUACGCUAAAAGAUGAUUGGUUUUGAGAGUAAGACAGAAUGUAGUGCUAAAAUGUAAUUGACUACAAUGUUGAUGUAAUACCACUAAAACUCCAGAAUUCUCAAUUAUCCUGAAAUUCAGUGAUUCUUUUUCACCCCAGAGAAUCGUAAAUCCUUAACACCGAGUAUUAUGAGACAACUCCAUCUUCCGAGCUUCGCGUACAUUGUACCUUCCUAGAUCAUAUACAAUGUAGACAUAUCCAAGCAAAAACAUAUUUGGCCAUAUCGUUUACAACAUUAUAAUAGAUUACAUAAUGUGCAUUUAUCUUAAAUCACUUUAGGGAGCAAGUUAUAGUUACUUGGCAAAUAAGGACCCGGUGUGCAAGGGAUAGUAGUCCUAGGGCUGAUAGUCCGUGUAACAAUAGCCCGCAUUGCUAAAUGUUUUGGUUAGGGUAAGCGGUACAAUAGAUCAUGCUGCUUAAUUGGUCAAAUACAAUGCUACCGGACUAUGACUCCAGGGGGACUAUAUCCGCUGUCACACCGGUUGUUCAAAGCAAGUUAUGUCACUUACUUGGUGUUGAAACUAAUGGACCUGACUAAAGGAGCUGGUGCCAAAUUAACACCAGCAUCGACAAAUCUUGUUUUGACCCACCAGGCCCUGUGCUGGCCUUAUUUUGGUUUAUCACCUACUCUGCAGGUGGCAACACUGAAUAUCUCAUUGACAAUACCUAACAAUGUCGGAAGUUCUUGAAACAAACAUGCUAACAGCUUUUGAUAAGCAAAGAAAUUGUAACUUGCUCGCUCGGUCUUAUUACUAAAUCCUACUGUGAAGCAGCCAAUGUAGACAGGAUGAUAGUAAGUUUGUACCAUAGACCAUAAUAUUUCAAUAAAAUAAUACAAUACAUA